GGCUACCGAACAAGGAUAGGUGAAGGUGGAGUUCAGCUUUCCGGUGGUCAAAAGCAGCGUGUUGCCAUUGCUCGAGCUCUUGUCAGAAAUCCACGAAUUCUGUUACUCGAUGAGGCGACGAGUGCUUUGGACGCUGAGAGCGAAAGCAUUGUUCAGCAAGCGCUUGAAAACUACUAUGUAGACAUUUGA